AUGCAUUGCUCCUCUGUCUUUCUCUUCACUCCAGACUGUACAGUUAAAAAUAGUCUUGAUGUCGAUCAUCACCAACAGCAACAACACGAAUGUACAAAUCAACUUCAUUUAUAUAUUGUACUAGCAAAUAAUAAUAAUAAUAAUAAUAGCAAUCUUAAUAAUAAUAUAAUAAUAAAUAGUAUUUCCACAACAACAACACAACCAAAAACAACAAAACUUUGUACAGACGUCAAAACAAACAACAACAAUCAAAAUUGUAGAAAUAUUGAUUUUAAUGAUGAUAAUAGUAAUAAUAAUAAUAAUAAUGUAGAAACAUAUAAACAAUCCGAUAAUGUAUUUAAUGAUUUCAAGAAUAAAAAGAGAUUAGUAUAUAACGAUCGACUUCUGAGGUUAUAUCAAAUGGUGCAACAACAGCAUUUAGAGUUGGAGUACAUGCACGGUCGAAGUAUGUUGUCUGCCAACACCAACAGCGAUAGCAGUAGUUCGAGUGGUUCAAUCGAAGUACCAGGCGGCGGUAACAACUACAUUCCACCUCUGCAAAGCAUAUUUUUCACACUCAAUUUCUCUGGUGGACAGCAGAUGUGUUCGAGCUGCGUCGAUCCAUCAGAACACUGGCUACAAAACUACAGCUGUAGCAACGACGUCACCAACUGGAACGAAGGCAAGAUUCAAUUCCAAGAUCCACUGCCAUCGAGCGAUGUACUCGUACUUCGUAAAGCAAUACUACAGGUAUUUGGUCAUUUCAUUUCAUCUGGCCCUGCAUUGGUUAUUUUGCUAGACGAUGAAAUCUUUGGAUUAUUUACACCACCAGUUAAGAAUACAUCGGAUUGUCUUAAUUGUGUUACUAGUUCCGAUCCAUAUAUUAUGACAUAUACUAAUGGGUUGACUACCUACAACUAUGGCUCUACGAAUUACUUCCAGUUUCAAUCGACAAACAAUGAGACGAUCACAUGUCUGUCAUCGAUUUCCGUGACAUUCUUCUAUGGACCAACCAGUUUCCGUGUGAAUUCGAUCUCACCAUCGAUGGGUCCGGCUGGAGGUGGCACUCUUGUCUAUGUUUCUGGCUCUGGUUUUAUAAAAACCGGUAGUCCAGUCUGUAGAUUCGGUAACCUCACUUCGCAAGCCACCUACAUCAACGACACCAUGGUUUCAUGUUCAUCGCCAGUCGUACCUCAAACCAUCAAAGGAUUCUACAAUGUCACACUACAAGUCAGUUUUGAUUCCGGUACCACCUUUUCAUAUCCAAACUUGGCUGCCAACUUUAGUUUUUAUUAUUUCCCAUCACAACCAUUAAGUAAUAAUAAAUUUGAUAGAGUUAUAUUGAUUGCAAUUGGUACUGGUAUUGCAUCGGUGUUUUUAACUGGUGUGGUCGUGUACUUUGCUGUUCAGCGAUGGCAGAAACGUCGUGGAUAUCAACAGAUUGGCGAUGGAAAUAUCAAUGGUGAGAAUGCCCAACAACCGUUUAUUUUCAAUACCGCCGACUAUAAGACACUCUUUGAGAUUAAACCGAUCGAAAUGAGUGAGAUUGUCAUUCAGAAUAGAAUCGGUCGUGGCAGUUGUGCAGAGGUUUUCACUGGAACUUGGCGUGGCAUUACCGUUGCCAUCAAGAAAGCCAAGUUGCUCUCGGACGACGACGAGGAGUUCCUCACGGAACUAGCACAAGAAGCCGCUAUAAUGUCGCAACUGCGUCACCCGAAUGUCUGCCAAUUCCUCGGAACCUGUAAUAACCCGCCCGAGGUGUUGAUCGUCAUGGAGUGGAUGUCGCGUGGUUCGCUCUACCGCAUUUUGCACGACCAAUCGGUGAUGCUCGAUUGGCCACGCAUGAAAUCGAUCGCACUCGAUAUCGCCAAGGGUAUGAACUACCUCCAUUGUUGUGAUCCCAUCAUUAUCCAUCGUGAUCUCAAGUCGCACAACCUUUUGGUCGACGAGCACUUCCGUGUGAAGAUCUCUGACUUUGGACUGUCGACUCGGUUCAAACAACAUCUCGACAAGAAGACAACGAUGACACCGGUUGGUACACCGUGCUGGACCGCUCCAGAAGUACUGAGAAACGAUCCCUACACUGAGAAGGCCGAUAUCUUCUCCUAUGCAAUUGUACUCUGGGAGCUUGUAACCCGCGAGGAUCCAUACCAAGGCAUGCCAACCUUCCAAAUCGUCAUAUCCGUCGGUCAACAUAAACUACGUCCAAUUGUACCACCUCACGUUUCUGCACCAUUCACCAGAUUAAUUACUGAAUGUUGGUCAGAAGAUCCAUCACAAAGACCAUCAUUCCAAGAGAUUGUUAAGAGACUUGAAGCAAUCUCAUCAGCUCUUCAACUAAAUUUAUUAUUAUUAUUAUUACUACUUUUAUUAGUUGAUCAAAUUUAA